AUGAUGUAUUAUCGAGAGACAGCCGUCAAAUUCCAAAAAGAGUGGCACGUCGAGGAACCUCACCGACAGCUAGAUUUCGCGCAACAUGUCAAAAGCCAUGCGCUAGUCAAUGUCAUAAACAAGGGUCUAUUGUAUAACUCAUUAGAAAGAGAGCAUGCACAGUCGCAACAGUUAUCCCGUGAUGCCGCUGCGGCGGCAGUGGCCGAGGCGAUGCAACUAGGUAUUUUUGGUCCACUACUUGCAGGUCCACCGCUUCACCAGCAGGAGCAGGAGCAGGAGGAACAGCAGCAAACGGAGGAAAUGGACCAGGAUGACGAGGCAGAGACAGAAACAGUAGCUGCAGCGACAACUACGUCCGGUGUUGAUGCAGAAAAUAACCGAAAGCGUCAAAUUGAAAGGCAAUCACAAACGGCGCUUCUGAAUGGUUCCCCAGCUAAGCGACCAAGACUGAGUAAUGGGUACGAAAAUGGGGUGGAUGCAGCCACAACUCCGAUGGAACUUGACGGGCAGAACCACGACAACCAUGCUUACCCUUCCCCCCAAGAGGGCGAACAGGCGCCAACACCAACUCCCCGAACUGACGGGCCCGACCAGGGCACACAGGUUGACAAAGUCCAGGAAUUGGCUACCGAAACCAUAUUUAUCCCCCUAGGCUCUGGUCACGACGAUGCGCCAACAUCUUCGCCAACCACAGCAUUGGCAAGAAUCAAUGGCGAGAACGCGCCUGUGCUACUGCAUUGUCAGUGGCAUCCCCGAGAUCCCACCAUCUUGGCGGCUGCUGGAACCGAUGCGCUAGCCCGCAUCUGGAACGUUUCUCGUGGAGCCACAACCGACCCUGCAUUCAAUGGUCACGUGAAUGGCGGCAGUCCAAGUUUCCACUCCCUAGUCGAAGACGAUAUUAAGUCCACGGCCACAGUUACUGCGAUGGCCUGGAAUUGGGACGGGUCUACUAUCGCUGUCGCUACAGAUUCGGAAUCGAAAGCUCGAAUUGACCUCUGGACUUACGAAGGUGCUCAUCUACAACGUUUCGAGGUUGCCGAACCUCCCGUCUUUAAACUGCGCUGGAAUCCUAAUAAUACAGCUAUCUUGGGCAUCGCACCGGAUAACGGCGGUGCCUUAAUAACUAUUUACCAUGCCUCAUCGACUAAUACACUGACAUAUUCCCUCCCACGACACGAUCUUGAUUCGGAGCCGCUAGAUGCUGCAUGGAUUAGCGAAUCCGAGUUUCUAAUAGGUGGUGGUGACUUAUUAAUAGCUUUAAGGUGUGCUGAUGGGGAAAUUGGUGAAAUCCGGAAGUUCGACACUCGCGAAGGUGAUACCUUAACCCAAGUCCAAUUUGACUGGAAGACUUCGCUGGUGGCUACUUGUGGGGAGAAAGGGUUUGUCGACAUCUGGGACAGCAACGGUAAGCGGCGUGAGAUAGAAGCGCACUAUGAUGCGGUCACGGCGUUAGCUUGGCAGCCCUUGCAGCAGACACCCCCGGAUGACGAGCGGCUCUUGGCUUCUGGUGGUGAGGACGGGGCUAUUUUUAUAUGGAAUGCCCUGGCUCUUAACGGGAAAGCGAAAUGUUCUAUGACCAUGGAUUCUCCAAUCGUUUCGAUGGCAUUUACCCCCGAUGGCGCAUUUAUUGCUGUAGCUACGAUCGAGAAAAUUUUAAUCUGGAAGGUCGGUGACUGCAAUAUUCCCCGGGCAAGUUGGAGCCGAGCGCCCCAUCCCGGUUGGCUCAGCCCACGAAUGAACCCCGAGUCGGAGAAGGAGGACGAACAUUGUUUAGAAUGGGAUAUAACAGGCCAUAAACUUGCUUAUGGAGUCAACAGCCGGCUCGCUAUUAUCAACUUCCGAUGA